AUACAUACAUACAAUACUAAUAUAACUAAUAAAAAUCGCCAUCAAAAAAAUUAAUAAAAAAAACUUAAAAAUCUAUCAACUUUAGAAUUCCCCAAAACAGGGGUUGCUUUGCCCUCUAAUCAGAUCUUAAAGAAACUUUGAUUUUUAAUUAAUUGGUUGAUUGUUGAUCAAGUUUCGAUCUGCUCAAGAAAGAUCAGAUGCUUUUUUAUUGAUUCCAAGAUUACCCAUUUCUUAGUUUACCAAUAAUCCAUCAUCUUUUUGAGGAAUGGAAAUGGAGCAUGGGAAGUUGUUUAUUGGAGGGAUUUCAUGGGAUACUAAUGAAGAAAGAUUGAAAGAGUAUUUUCAAACUUUUGGUGAAGUGAUUGAAGCUGUAAUUAUGAAGGAUCGAACCACGGGUCGUGCUCGUGGGUUUGGUUUCGUUGUUUUUUCUGACCCUGCUGUUGCUGAAAGAGUUGUUAAAGAAAAGCAUAUGAUAGAUGGUAGAACUGUUGAAGCAAAGAAGGCUGUUCCAAGGGAUGAUCAACAAAUGCUCAACAGGAGCAGUGGAAGCAUUCAGGGUUCUCCUGGGCCUGGACCUGGACCCAUCCGAACAAAAAAGAUCUUUGUCGGAGGGUUGGCAUCCUCGGUCACUGAAAGUGAUUUCAAGAACUAUUUUGACCAAUUUGGGAUAAUCACUGAUGUGGUGGUUAUGUAUGAUCACAACACCCAAAGGCCUAGAGGUUUUGGAUUCAUAACUUAUGAUUCAGAGGAAUCUGUUGACAAAGCAUUGCUUAGAACUUUCCAUGAACUCAAUGGUAAAAUGGUGGAAGUCAAACGUGCAGUUCCAAAAGAAUCAUCUCCCAGUCCUAGUAGGAGUCAGAUAAGUGGAUUUAACCAUGGUUUAAGUAGAGUUAAUAGUUUCCUUAACUUCGGUUAUGGAGCAAGAAUGGAUGGUAGAUUUAGUCCGGUUUCUGUUGGCCGAACAGGUUAUCCUCCAUUUAGUCCAUCUAGUUAUAAUUUGGGACUAAAUUCUGAUUCAGUGUUAGGUAUGAACUAUGGUGGAAAUGGAAACGGAAACGGAAACUUCAGCUCCAAUCUUGGAUAUGGGCGUAUGAUGAACUCUAUGUACAGUGCAAGUCCAAAUAGGUAUGCUGAUCAAAUUGGGUACGGCAUGAUGGGAGGUAGUGGUGGUAAUGGAGGUGGUUCUGUCUUAAAUUCAACUAAUCAUAACAUGUGGGGGAAUGGGAAUCAGAAUUUUACUACAAAUUCUCCAAAUUUGAGCAACAUUUUGGCUCCCGGAAAUGGGUCUGGCGGAAUUGGAACGAUUUGGGGUAAUUCCGGUACUGGUGGUACCGGUGUUGGUGGCAAUGCUAGUCUUAUUGGAGGUAAUCUCAACUUUGGCAAUGAAGAGAAUGCUAUUGGGUAUAGGAGGAACAAUGGUACUACUAGCAAUGUGCCACCCUUUCCGUAUGAUGUGAUUGAUGAUGGUGAGAUUGGCAGUGGCAACUCAUAUGGCAAUGGCGACACCGGAAGUGGUGGAGGUUUAUUUUAUGCGGAUCCCACAUGGCGUUCUUCAUCUCCUGAGCUGGAAGUACCUGGUUUAUUUGGCUAUAGUCUUGGAAGUGGAGCUUCAGAUGGCAUACCAAAAAACUCGGUUGGCUAUGUCGGUUAUAGUGCUACAAAUAGAUCAAAUAGAGGAAUUGCUGCGUAGGAAGAUUGCUAUCAGGAGAUAUGAAACCUUGUGAGAAUGAACUUAAGAUUGAAGAAUUUGUGAAUUCGUUUAAUACACCCCGUGAAUGAGGUACAUCAGUUUUUAGAACACCGUACAUUUGGUUAGAGCUACUAAUGGAAGCAGCACCUGUUUUAUAGAACACAUUACACGAUUUGGUUGAACAUCAUUGGAGUUUUUAAAAAUAGGCUUUUGAUAUAAGGAAAAGAAGAUAAAAAAAAAAGAACUGAAACCUUUUUUGCAUUUAUAAUUUGAUAUUUGUUGUUUCGGGAACUUUGAUCUGUCAAGCCCGGAAAAGUUUAUAGUUUUUUGUAAGGUAUGUGGUAUCAUCUUCCAUACCCAUGUUGGGGUUUUGUUGUUAAUUAGAUUGUGUAUGAAAUGCUUGGUGUGAAACACUUUUGUUGGAUGCUAAAUUGGGAUCCCUUUUACAAUGAAGUUACUCUAUAUUCAAUA